AUGACUGAUAGCUAUGGCAAUUCCACCUACGACAAGGAUUACGAUGACGACUACGACACAACCGGAGCCACAUAUGAUACAAUCGGAACAUCACUAAGGACAAACGGAACAACCUUCGAUACAACCGGCUACGGACACUAUGGAACGACCGGCUUUGGGACGACGGGAUCUGGCACCGAUGCUAUAGGCAAUACAUACGGUACAACAUACGACACUGGCUACGGCACAACGACCUAUGACCCCAGCAGCGGUGCCUACGAUCAACAUCUUGACUAUCGCACGGAUAACUCCCGACGACACCACCGUGAGCGUCUCGAUCCGAGUGGCGUCUACCGACACCGUGACGUCGAUCGUCGCGACGACGGACCUACCCGUGUCCAUCGGGAGUACGAUAACCCUAAUACCGGCACCAGCUAUCACCGCGACUAUGAGCGGUAG